AUGAGCAACAACGGAGGCCCUCUAUCUCCGCUUCACGCAACGAAUGGCGUCCACAGACCCGGUUUAGUGCCUACGAAUAAUGUCUCGACAGGAGAGGGUGUUACCGUUAGGGCUCGAAUAGACCCUACGCUCACCGUGGACGACGUCGUUAAACAGCUCUGCGUUAACUUGAAGAUUAAGGGUAUAUCAACGGAUUAUGCGCUAAGGGAUGAGACAGAUGAGUUGGUUACGAAUGAUAAUCUCAGGAAGAAGAUUAAGACCAAGGUCAAUCUAAAACUCGUCGCUUCUCCCUCAAGAGAAGCCAAGGAAAUCAUCGACAAGCUCAGUAUGCGUGAUGACAAAAAGCUACGAUUGGCAUUAUUUUCGUUGCAAAAAUUUAUUCGCGAAGAAGACUUUGCCCAUCACUUUAUCAACAAUAAUGGCCUCGCUGAGCUUGUGGAUGUUAUAUAUACGACCCAUGGGAAUGCUCUUGCGUACGCCUUAACGGCUAUGCAAAAUUUAAUGGAGUUAGAUUAUGGCUGGUCAAAUCUGGACGACACAUUUAUCUUCAAAAUUGUGCAGAUUCUUUCUUCACCUCAGUCCCUAAUUAACGUUUGUCGCCCUGCAACUGCAGUUCUCAAGAAACUGGUGGAAGCGGACCCUUUGACAGCACCCGGACAGAUCCCGAGCACCAGUUCUCUUCCUCCAGAUAUCCCUGCAGGGUCAGUAUAUAGAUAUGGGUUCCAUGUUGUGUUUGAGCAAAUGAGAAGAGAACGGGGAUUGCUUGAAACAGUUAUCAACCGACUGGGAAGCGCAGAUACGGCCAUGGUGCAGCACAGCAUGAUGCUUAUUAACUCUUUAUUGGCACAUGCAAGUGAUUCACGCUGGGAAGAAUUUAUAUCAGAGAUGGAAAGAUUAAAUGUUCGCAAAGCUGUUGUUCGCCUUAUGUCAUCACACACAAUCGAGGACCUAACAUCAUGCAUCCUGGAUUUCCAGGCCAAUAUUAUUCGUGUCACUUACCGGAAGAAGAUGACGCCGGUGGAUCCUCAGAACCAGCCAGCCCAUGAUGCAGAUUUGAGGUUCAUCUGGAUGAGCAGCAAAUUAGAAGAGCAUAUCGAUGCAGACAAUACAGUAGUCAGAUGGCGGAAGCUGGGUUUUGACACCGAAGAUAUCGAACAAGAGUUCCGGGAUGUAGGAGUUCUGGGUCUCGAUUGUCUGAAAAAUUUUGUGACAAGUGAUCCCGACUUUUCUAAAGUUAUUCUUGAACAGCUCAGCCGUCCUGAAAAUAGGAGAUGUCCUAUUGGAAAAGCUUCAAACGAAGUUGUUGAGCUUUUGUCGGAACACUGGGCUAUAUUUGCUCCCGGCUGUAUUAACUACCUAGAUUCCACCUCCACAACGUUUCAGCCUUUCUUUUUAGAUUUUGCAAAAGCCCAUUCCCUUGCCACGCAUUUUUUCAUUCGAAUGUGGGGUGAGAGUGGUGCGGCGGCUGAUGAUUUCACCCGUGUCGCGGCUUUAGUCCGCAGCCAGGUGAAAGUUGGGCUUCGGAGCGAGAACGUUCGUCCGUGGCAUGAAGUUGAGCAUGACUUCCUUGAGUGUGAAUACAAAGCGGUCAGGGACAGGCAGAUGCAGGAGCUGGAGAUGGAGGAUGACCUUUUAAGCAAGGUUCCAAUACGAAAUCUUCGGGCGAAGAUAUACAAGGAGUCGUUUGAGUUCGUUCGGCAACAAAGAAUACAGUGUUUACUACAGGGUGCAUGGUUUGUCAACGCACUUCCUCCGUCUUCCCCUCCGACCAGGGAAUCUCGUCGGCCCAGUAGGCCUUGGCGAUUUAUGCGUCUGGAUAACGCUCUCAAGUACCUGCACUACGUUGACAGCGGUGUGAAGUUUCUCGUUCGGAAUGGGCUGGAGGACUUGCCUGAACGAAUCGAAGUUGCGGCGAUCAGCGAGAUCGCGACUGGGACAUGCAUAGCACCGCCGGGUGUCCUUCGCGAUCAUAAUGACCUUCCCCCGACUAGUCCGACGGGACCGUCUCCGUUGUCUUUCUCCCUGCUGAGUGCUCACGAAGGCUCGCUGGCAGAUCAAAUUGCUCCAGACCAGUCUCGUUGGGCUGAUUGGACUGACGGUUUGAACAUGCUGCGUCGCGAUGGUGGCCAUGUUGCCUCCCAAGAGACAGCUGGUUUUGUUCAAGCACUUACGGAGAUUGGUUUGAAGAUUAAACUCUUGGAUUUAUCUGGAGAGAAAGUCGAGAUACCCAGUGGACUUACGGCUGGUCCACCGCCUGCCAAUACCGAUUUCUUCUUUUCAGACCUAUAA